AUGGGUUGUGGUAAAAGCAACGCUCAACAGCCAACUCCGCCUACUAAGGUCUCAGCUGGAUCUAAGCCUACUUUCCAAAAUGUAGUUUAUCACUAUUUCCCUGUUUAUGCAAGAGGAGAAGUUGUCCGUCUGAGUCUUCACUAUUUAGGUGUCGCCUACACAGAAGACUUCGUCACUUUCCAAACUUGGCCAGACUUUAAGCCAAAAACAGAAUUUGGACAAAUUCCAGUGUUAGAUAUCAAUAAUCUGAAACUCGCGCAAACGAAAUCAAUCAUGCGUUAUCUUUUUCAAUCCUUCAAGCACUAUCCAGCAGAUAACUUCCAAGCUUACAACGUUGAAAGUCUGGUUGAUUUAAUAAUUGACAUGAGAAAUCCUAAGGUUAAAAAUUUUUUUUUUAUAAAUAAAUUAUUAAAACACUAAAAAAUUAAUUAAUAAAAAUAUAUAAAUCCUCUAUAUGAAGCACAUGUAAAAAAAGCCCCAGAGCAAGUUGAAGCCCUUUACUCAACAAAAUAUCCUGAACAGCUGAAAAUGUUAGCAAAAAGAUAUUCAACGUAUGGGUCAAAGAAGUUUAUGGUCGGCCAAAGUGUGACUGCGGCUGAUUUAUAUGCAUUUGAGUAUAUAUACGACUGCUUUAUGACUCCUUUAACAAAACAAUACGAAAAUUUGCUUGAUCAGCAUUGUCCAGCAGUAAAGGUGUGGGCCAAAGAGUUUUUGGAGUCAUCACAGGCAUUGAAAACGUAUUUAGCUUCAAGGCCUGAAAGACCAUUUUAA